GAGUACCACUCCAAAAGUAGCCUAUAGGCCUAUCCAUGGAAUUAGACUGUUGUCUCUGUUUCGUUUUCUGUCAGCAGGGCAGGGAUGAACACUGGGAAAUGUUUUAGCCAAUUUCUUAAGAUGUUCUGUAGGCUUAAACACUACAGAUAAUGUUAUUAAACAUAUAUUAUUAUGCUAUAAUCUAUGCAUUUACUGAUUAACAAUAAAAUUUAACAAAAGGAAUAGUUAAUUACAGAGAGCAGUAUUGACAAUUAACUUUUUCUAGAGUACCGUUAGUCUAAAAAGAUGUGCGAUUGCUGCUGUCCUCCGCCAGCGACAGCCACUCGGAGAACUACAUUUAAAAAAGUAUUGGCUGUGGAUGAUGAUGCGUGAGGCAGCAGGGGAGAGAUCGAAAAUGCGAAUGUCUUUGCUAAGAAAAAUGGUUGGAUCGAGAGAGCUGUGCGUUGAGUGGAAGGAGAAAGCAAGUGAGAUGGAGGCGGGGGGAAGUUCCCAUCUCUGCGGGGACUGGAGCGCCUGUGCCCUGGACCGGCGGCGCAGUGCUGGCUAACAUUCAACCCACCCCUUGUUCCACAACGAGCUCGACUCGCGCUGAGACAGGCCUAUUUCCGCGCUGAGACUUCCAUGCGGCUGUUUGGCGGAACAACCAGCCGUUUCUCUGUUUUGACGACCCAGCCUCGCCAUCCCCCGCCAUACGGCUACACAACCUGGUUUACUCCCGUGUUCAACGACAACGGAAAAGAGAGUCUGGGUGAACAGCAUUGUUUUACGGUCAAAUAAAGAUAUGAUGAAUGGUGAAAUGGACGAGUCUCCUAAAGACCAAGGUGAGAUCAUAGUCAAUCAACAUGAGGUCAUAGUCAAUCAAGUGUGGACGCAGGAUGACCUUUUGAACCUGCUAGAGGCCAUGAAAGUGAAUCUUCCCACCAAGGACAUAACCAAGUACAAAACGUCUGAGUCCCAUCUUGACUGGGAGAAGGUGGCCUUCAACUCAUUUACAGGAGAGAUGUGCAAACAGAAGUGGAAUGAGGUCUCCAAAGAGGUCCGUAAAUUCCGUACAUUAACAGAGUUGAUUUUUGAUGCCCAAGACUUCAUCAAGAACCCAUAUAAGGGCAAGAAACUGAAGAAGCAUCCAGAUUUCCCCAAAAAGCCCCUGACACCAUAUUUCCGCUUCUUCAUAGAGAAGAGGGAGAAGUAUGCCAAGUUGCACCCCGAGAUGAGCAACCUAGAACUCACUAAGAUCCUCUCCAUGAAAUACAGGGAGCUGCCUGACAAAAAGAAGAAAAAAUAUGUAGAAGACUUCCAGAAAGAAAAGGAGAUGUUUGUUCACACAAUGUCAAAGUUCAGGGAGGACCAUCCAGAUCUGGUCGAGAGCAUGGCAAAGAACCGUUCUAAUGUGCCAGAGAAACCCAGGACGCCUCAGCAGCUAUGGUUCAACCAUGAGAAGAAGGCCUUUCUCAAAACACACCCAGAUGCGACCACCAAAGACAUUAAAGACAGUCUUGGGAAGCAGUGGACACAGUUGUCUGACAAAAAGCGACUCAAGUGGAUUGCCAAGUCUCUGGAGAUGUAUAAAUCAUAUGAGGAGGUGAUGAAGGGCUUCAUUCAGACACACCCAGAGCUUAACAUGGACAUAGUCAAGUCCACCCUCACCAAAGCUGAGAGACAGCUGAAGGACAAGUCUGAUGGCCGGCCGGACAAGCCACCUCCGAACGGUUACUCCAUGUUCUGUGCCGAGUUGAUGUCCAGUAUGAAGGAUGUGCCCAGUACAGAGCGCAUGGUGAUGUGCAGCCAGCAGUGGAAGCUGCUGAAACAGAGCGAUAAGGAUGGCUACCAGAAACGUUGUGAGCAGAGGAAGAAAGAAUACGAAGUCGAGAUGAACCGGUUUCUCUGUAGUAUAUCAGAGGAGGAGCAGCAGCGGGUUCUGGGGGAGCAAAAGAUGAUUGGCUUUAAGAAGGGAAGCCCCGCCUCUAAAAAGAAGAGCAGAGCGAAGCCUAGCGCAGAGAAACCCAAAAGGCCCAUCUCGGCCAUGUUCAUCUUCUCUGAGGAGAAACGGCCCAAGUUGCAGCAGGAGAGACCAGACCUGUCUGACAGUGAGCUCACAAGGCUCCUGGCACGCAUGUGGAACGAGCUCUCCGAUAAGAAGAAGGAGAAGUACAAGCGCCUUGAGACGGUCUUGAAGUCAGAGUCUGAAAAGAAGGUACAGGAAGAGCGAAACCGGCUGCCUGACACACCCAAGACGGCACAGGACAUCUGGCAGCAGAGCGUCAUAGGAGACUACCUGGCUAGGUUCAAGAACGACCGGCCGAAAGCCCAGAAAGCCAUGGAAGCCACAUGGAACACAAUGGAGAAGAAAGAGAAGAUCAUGUGGAUCAAGAAGGCGGCUGAGGACCAGAAACGUUACGAGAGGGAGCUGAGUGAGAUGCGCUCCCCUGCUACCAUCAUUGCCUCUGGGAAGAAGAUGAAAUUUGAGGGUGAACCCAAGAAACCCCCAUCGAAUGGCUACCAGAAGUUCUCCCAGGAGAUGUUGUCCAACGGGGAGCUGAACCACCUCCCUAUGAAGGAGCGCAUGGGAGAGAUUGGGGGCCGCUGGCAGAGACUGCCCCAGAAGGAGAAGGAUCGUUACAAAAAGAUUGCUGAAGAGAAGCAGAAGCUGUACAAAGUCGAGCUGGAGCGGUGGCUGGCGAGCUUGUCCUCACAAGAGAGGAACACAUACAAGGAAUACAACUCACAAAAAAGAAAAAGCACAGCAAAGCCAGGAGGAACUGCAGCCAAAGUUAAGGCCAAGGUGACCAAGAAGUCGGACACGGAGGAGGAUGAUGAGGACGACGACGAGGAAGAGGAGGAAGAAAAAGAGGCUGCCUCAUCUGAUAACAAUUCAUCCAGUGCAGAGGACAGCGAGGAGGAGGAGGAGGAUGAUGAUGACGAUGAUAACGAGGAAGAGGAUGACGACGAGGAGACCGAGGACAAGGAGAACAAGUCGGAGGGGAGUAGCAGCAGUGAGUCGAGCUCGGCAGAGACCUCGGACUCUGAUUCAGACUGAAACGGGUCCGUUGUGGCCCGUGAGAGACUGAGCAGCGCUGAGCUAAGCUGAGCCAAGAGUCCCGGGGCGCUGUCAACUCCUCCUCCCACCACCAGAAGGAGCCCCUGCACCGCCACGUCCAUUUCUCACCCGCUUUCUCUCUUUUGUGUGUCUUCAUUGGUGUUCUGUAUGAGGAGGAGGAGGAGAGCAUCACCCUACCACAUCAUGCUCCUCAUCUUCCAGCCGCACUUUGACCUGCUCCUCUGCCCUGGCCCAUGCAGCGCUGGCUUCAGGUGGGGCCAAUCCAAAGGGCUGGGGAAUAUUUAGCUUGAUUUCUAACUGCUGUGGCUAAUAGGUUUCUAAGGAGCUGUUCUGGGGUGACAGUGAAUUUGGCCCCAUCUUGCUUUGUCAGUGUAAGUUGGUGUCAGGUGCAAGAAGCCACUUUUUGUGCACAGGUCUCCUAGAGCCAAAGAACAUGGGUGUAUCUCUGGCGGAUAAUUUUUGGAGUGGGGGGUGCAGGGGACCAAAUAAUUGCACUCUUGAGAAUGUUUCCUUUAGUCUUGUUCUCCGGCGACUCUACUUUCUUCUCUCAGUUUGUAUGUUCCUUUUCUUAUUUGGUUCUUAACGAGGUGGUAUCUUCAGGGAAAAACAUAAGCCAUUAUAAAUGUCUCUUUUGUUGCUGGAAAUUUAGAGAAGAUUUAUUUAUCCACAGUUUCAGUUAAGGCUUUGGAUGCAUGCAGAAUAAUGCAUUUUACCUGUCCUCGACAGGUAUUAAAAGUUUAAAGGUGACCGACAUGUCUAUUUAUUUAGCCUACAUAGAAAUGCGUCCAACCUUUUUUGGAACAAUUUAAAGGGUCUUUGUGGAGCAAGUCCUAGACAAUUCUUUUUGACUCAUGUUGGUUCUCCUGUUGAUUUUUCCAGUUUAGAUUGUUCAUCCACUGGCCUGUUAAACAGUUUAAGAUAAUGAAUGUUUCUUAGUGGAAUCAGAGUGUUAAUCGAUGCUUGCCUGCCACACUCAGAACAGUUAUUUUUGCCUGGACUGGAGAUAAUGAGAUUGAAAUACCAAGUUUUAAACAGACUGUGCUGUACAUUUUAAUCUUGGUUUUGAUUUCUUCCUUGAACCACUGUUUUACACUUAUUUGUUCUAUAGCUGAUUUCACUGAUUUGUUUUAAUAACGUUGAGGGCUGUGGUUAGUUCCAAGUGAAAUGAGGAAUGGAUGGAAUCCAUUGGAUCCAUGUUGUUGUUUUGUCCCGUUGAAAUUGACCCCAAGCCUGAUGAUUUUAGUCUGAUGCUUUAUUCCAAAACAGCUUCACACUUAACGUGACCCUGUCCCAUCCUUCAUCUGUUCAACUACAUUAUAUGUUCAGCCCCUGUGUGAGGGACGGCGUCCUGUGUUUGACUAUUACUGCCGCCUGACUACUCCUCUCCUCAGUGUGUUUUCUUAAUGAUUCCCCAAGGAUAUAAAAACAUUAAUGUGACAAUGGGCUAGAUGGAGGUUUUAUUUUAUUUUUUUACAUGUAAUGCAUGGUUUUAAAUCCAUGGGGUCAGUCAAAAGGUCUGCAUUUUUGGGGAGAUGGUUACAGAACUGGAUGGCAGCCUGCACCACUCAUUGCAUUAACACACAAAACACCUUGAAUGUAGAAUGUUUUUUCUGCUCUAUCCUCAGUGAUUGAAGAAGGAUCAUGUCUGUGCUCAGUGUGUUCCUAUUGGUAACCGGCACAAGGACAAAUUAAAGAGCCACAGAACAGGUUAUGUCAUAUGUUUAAUUGUUUCCAGGAAAGAACAAUUGGUUACCAAUGGCUACAAUUUUAAAUGGGAUUUAAUUUGUCUUCAAAAAGAAAUUAUAUAUAUAUAUAUCAAUUGUUGACUGAGUAAUACCAGCAUGGUGGGCUAUUUAUGAUUUGGUGAGGGAAUGUGGGAAAUAUUAUGAAGGGUGGGAUACUGGAUUUGGGAAAAGGAAUUUGGGGAAGACAUUGCCUACAUAUGGUAUUUGUAAAUAUAGCUUUUUUUGUAUUGAGUGGAAAUAGUUUGAUUUGUACUUCCUCUUUUAAAUUUUUUUUUUUUUUUUUUUUUUUGGCAAAGCCUUGUCAGUGGCUCCAAGGCCAGUGAGCCCAUUGCUCACAGGGGAGAAGUUUUGAUUUGUCUGUUUUUAGUUAUUACACCUUUCCCCAAUGUUUGUUUCUUUGUAGAAAUGACUUAAAGAGAGGCUUUAUGAAUUUGUAUGGCUGAUCAUUUGACACACGUUUUGAUGUUUUCUAUAGCUAAGGGUGUUCUUAUGUCCUUGCAAUUUCAGCGUUUGGGCAAAUAAACUUUGUCUUUACC